AUGAGCCUUUAUACGAUCAAGGAGAGCUCUAGUAAGGAUGGUGGCAGCGGUACCUACUACCUUCCUUGUCGUCCUAGGCUCGGUCUUUUUAAGUCCUCCGGUAGUGAUGAUGAUUGGAGGAAAAAAUAUUUCUACGUCAAGAUUGACCCCACGACAGUUCCAGUGGGUCGUGCUCUCUCGGUUAUCUGGUCCGAUAUAUCCGACAUCGAGGAUCCUCCUAAGCUUAUUGAUAAGCUGUCAAGAGCUCUUUUCCGGAAGCUAUAUCAAAGUCCCAAUACUUGGGCGUCUUUUACUAUUUCUCGCAUCGGAUCUGCUAGGUUCCUAGAGCGAUAUAACGCCAGGUUCCCUGACCCAAUUCCAGCUAAAGAUUUAGAAGGUCCUUUCGUGGUAGAUAUUUCGACUGGAGCUAGUACUUCUGAAACCGAAAAGACUCAAGCUCCUAAGAUGAGGCCUUCUUUCCGUACCAGGAGCAAACCUGCUGCAGCCGCCAGUCCUUCGCAAGGCAGCGACAAGACCCAAGGAGGAGCCUUCCUUAGGUCGCUGAAGGAGGUCCUUGAUGAUGGGUCCUCUGUUCCCGUUAGGGAUGUUAACCCAGUUGAGACCAGAGCUCAAGAUGUUGUUCCUCGUCCUGAGGUCCCGCCAGUUGAAGUUAACCCUCAAGCUGCUAGAGAUCCCCUCGAGGUCGAACCUCCGAGAAACAAGAGGUCUCGGACUGAUUUGGGAGAUAGGCCUACCAGGUCUUCCUCCUCGUCUUCGCGGGGAGGGACCGUUGGCUGGAACUUUACCCAUUCUAAGCUGGGAUCAAUCUUAGAUGACCCUUGGGGUUUGGCAACCAUCAUGAGGCAUAUGAAGAUGGUAGGAUGCUCCAUGCCUUCAAUCAACGGUCUGACCAACAAGGAAGAAUAUGUUGAGAUAGCUCACCACAUGGGUCAGCUAGCUGGAGCCAUCAACAGAGCUCAGCUGAGGUUCGAGGAGACCGGGCAUGGUGCUCCUAGUGCUGGAGAUUUAGCUCAGGCUACUGAGUUAUUCAAGACUACCAAGAUGGAGCUCGACCUGGCUCGUGCUCAGGUUUCUGAGCUUGAAGCUGAGGUCAGGAGACUCGGUUUGAAGGCUGAUACUCAGCAGGGGAAGAUCGAAAGUCAGGCUAUCGAUCUUCAGGUGAAGAACAGGAAGAUCAAUGAGUUAGAUGCUGCUCGCAGGAUAGCUGAGCAUCAGGUUCAAGAGAUGAUCGUCUCAUCUCAGGUUAGCCAAAGGAACAAAGAAGCUGAAGUUAAGCUAGCUGUCAGGAAAGGUAAGAAGGAGGUAGCUGAUGCUUACAACAAGAUUCUGACCUCUGUGAAGGAGAAGUUUGUCAAGAAGAAGGAUGAAACCGAUGCCCUGAUCUAUGCUCAGGAACUUCAGGCAAACACCGAGCUUCUGAAGGAUCUCUUGUCUAAGGAGAUUGAGAAUGCUGAAGAUGAGUAUAACCGUUUGAUGGUUUUGAUCCCGGAAGCUGCUGUUGCGUAUGAGAAGGCUUAA